AUGGAGGAUGCGGAGGAGGGUGAUCGUCCGGCGAAGAGGCUGAAUACAGGGCAGACCAACUCGCGCGACCCUAUCGACUUCCUCUCACCCCCGUCGCCUGAGGUCCGCAUAGCCGGUCAGCGGCCGGCUGGACCGAACACGUCAUUAUCAUCUAUUUCUCUCUCAUCCGACGACUCCUUCCCGGACGCGAAGGACUUCGUGAACGAUGCACCCCAGUCUAGGAUCGUUCGCGGCCAGCGCGUGCCCGAGGAGAAGCCAUCACCGGUGUCCUCUGCUCAUGCCAACGACGACGAAGGUCAAUUCACCAGAUUCCGGCUCACACAAAUUGAGCAUGACACCGAGUUCGUCCGCGCGGCGUGGAAGGAGGCUGGUGGUGAUGUCCCUAAGGCCUCUGCGCUCCUGAAUGACCCAUCGUGGAAACCCCCGGCAAAGACCCCGCCACCGAAGGAGCCUGACCCACCGACAGAGACAGGAAGGGUGAAAGAGGUUCUGGAGGCGAACAGGGCGCAGCGGCUUGCGGUCAAGGAGAAGGGUAAGAAGUCCAUGAUCUACAAGAGCCGUCUCGUCGACGGCAAGCCCACGAGCGAUGCCGGCCCCUCCACUCCACCGCCUUCCAAGGGACCACCCAUCAUCAUCGACUCGCCCUUUAGUCCCGAAAUUGGUAGGCCUCUCAAACGGCUGAAGCGCAAGGUCGUCGACUCGGACUCCGAGGCCGACUUCGUGGACAGCGAUGAGGAGGACGAUGUCCAUGUCCGCAAGACCAGCUCGGAUGAGCAGCGUGCUUUGGAGUAUUACAACGAGACAACAGCGGAAGGCUUGCAGGAAUUAACGGGCUGUACGCCUGCGCAAGCCAACAAGAUCAUCGAGCUCCGACCGUUCACUUCCGUGGACGACCUGAACGCCAAGCUAGGCCAGGGCAAAAAGAAGGCUGGCCCCGCUGGGAUAAGCCCGCGUAUGUUUGAGGAUAGCGCCACUAUCUUCGAAGGUUAUGGCAGGGUGGAUAGCAUACUUGAGGAUUGCGAGGGUAUCGGUGCGGAACUCAAGAAGGAGAUCGCGAGUUGGACCCACGGAAAGUCCGCCAAGGGUAAACAACGCGAGUUGGCUCAGGCCUCGCGCGACACUUCCGUGGCGACAGAAGAUGGCGCUAUCACCCUCACGCAUGUCGAAGUCCCAGCCCAAAAGCCGAAGUACUACAUGACGACUCAGCCAUCGUUGCUCCAGCCAGGUGUCACGCUGAAGGAAUAUCAACUGAUCGGCGUCAACUGGUUGAGUCUUCUCUAUCAAAAGAGACUCAGCUGUAUCCUUGCGGACGAGAUGGGUCUCGGGAAGACUGUUCAAGUCAUCAGCUUCUUUGCCCAUCUCAAGGAACGAGGUCGCGGUGGACCUCAUCUCAUCGUGGUGCCCUCGUCGACGCUGGAGAACUGGUGUCGCGAGUUCCAGAAGUUCGCCGGGGACAACAUCCACGUCGAGACGUACUAUGCCGAUAAGAACGACCGUCCUCAGCUACGUGACAUGCUUAAUAACAGCGUCGUUACGAAGAAGGCUGGUGGCUGGAACGUCCUCAUCACUACAUACAACCUUGCCCAAGGCGAUGACCAUGACCGCAAGUUCUUCCGUAAGAUCGAUUGGGAUACCUGCGUUUAUGACGAAGGCCACGUUCUCAAGAACUUUCAGUCCCAGCGGUACCAAGCCCUCUUGCGCUACAAGGCGCGGUGGCGGUUACUCCUCACGGGAACCCCUUUGCAGAACAACUUACAGGAGCUAGUCUCGUUGAUGAACUUCAUCCUCCCCGACCAAUUUGCGGACGAUCUCGACUCCCUACGAGCCGUCUUCAAGACGAAGGGUGACUCAAAGGUGACGCUGCUUGCUCAGCAGCGUGUGUCGCGAGCAAAGAAGAUGAUGACGCCAUUCGUUCUCCGGCGUCGAAAGGAUCAAGUACUCCAAGAUCUGCCCAAAAAGACCGAGCGUAUAGAGUGGUGCGAUAUGACCCCGCUCCAGAAGUCCAUCUACAACGAUGCGCUGCAGCGGUCCCGGAAGACCAUCUUCGACCUCGAGACCAACGGCGCGGAGACGCCCGCAGCCGCGGCUACGAACGGUCGCGGGAAGCCGGUGAAGAAGAAGACACGGGCGACCGCGCGGACGAAGGACAAGAUGUACCUCGAAAAUAGCGCAAACGUGCUCAUGGAUUUGCGCAAAGCAGCGUCACACCCAAUGCUGUUCCGAAGACGGUUUACAAACGAUGCGCUCUCUGGGAUGGCCAGGCUUCUGUUGAAGGAGCCGGACUUCAAGAAGCGCGGCGCGCUAUUUGAACUCGUCAAGGAGGACAUGGAAGUUAUGACGGACGCUGAGCUGCAAGCGUUCUGUGCGACGUACAAGUGUCUUCGCAAAUAUCUCCUGAACGAAGACUGCUAUUAUGAGGCCGGCAAGAUCAAGGUUUUGAUAAACCUUCUCGAGCAGUACCAGAAGCAAGGCCGUCGGAUGUUGAUAUUUUCACAGUUCACUCAGAUCUUGGACAUACUCGAAAAAGUCCUGGAGCUCAAGAAGAUCAAGUACCUCGUCUUGACAGGUUCAACGCCUGUCGAUGUGCGUCAGUCUCUAGUCGACGAGUUUACCGAGGACGAAUCAAUCCCUGUCUUCCUGCUAUCGACCAAGGCGGGUGGUAUGGGUAUCAACUUGACUGCUGCGAGUGUGGUCAUCAUGUUUGACCAAGAUUUCAACCCACACAAUGACAAGCAAGCCCAAGAUCGUGCCUACCGUAUCGGUCAGAAGCGUGAUGUCGAGGUGGUGAAGCUCAUCACUAAGGGUUCGAUCGAGGAGGACAUGCUCGCCCUGGGACAAAUGAAGCUCGCACUGGACGAGGCUGUAGCGGGCGAGGAGACUGAAGAGCGGGUCGAGCAUGAGAUGAAGGUGUCGCUCAUGAACGCGGUGCGGAAGAAGAUCGUGACAGACGACCCCGAGUCAAACGACGCUCAGCCAGUAGAGGAAGCCGCCGAGGACUAA